AUGCUGGGCUAUGUCGAUGGAACUAUGGUUCCACCACCUCGCUUUGAACCAGAAACCUCUUCAACACUCAACCCCAAAUAUUUGGCAUGGAGAGCAGCCGAUCAACGACUUCUCUGUCUCCUGCUCUCCUCUCUCACUGAGGAAGCCAUGGCUGUUGUCGUUGGUCUCUCUACUGCACGUGAUGUUUGGCUUGCGUUGGAAACUACGUUCAGCCAUCAGUCGAAAGCUCAUUUAGUCUCUAAAGCUGAAAGUUUUGAGUUGUUUCAGCUCUCCCUUGAGUCCUCUAACUCCACUCCUACAGCAUUCACAGUCACUAAUCGUGGUCGCACCCAUGGAAGCCACCCUGCUUCCUUUACCAACCAGCGAGGUCGUUCUUAUUCUCACAAAAACAACUCUUUUAAUCGAGGACGAACCCACUCAAGUCAAGGUCGUCGACCACCUCACUGCCAAAUAUGCCGCAAAGAGGGCCAUUAUGCUGACCGCUGCAACCAACGGUAUGUUCGACCUGAUUCUUCUCAUGCUCACCUUGCUGAAGCCUUUAACACGUCAUGUUCUAUUGCUGGACCCGAUACUGCUGAUUGGUUUCUGGACACUGGAGCUUCGGCCCAUAUGACUGCCGACCCAUCUAUUUUGGAUCAGUCUAAAAAUUACACGGGUAAGGACUCUGUGAUUGUAGGAAACGGUGCAUCCCUACCCAUUACCCACACCGCCUUUUUGGCAGACCCCAUAGCAUGUAGGCUCCUUGAUCCCAUUGGUAUUCAAAACAUCAACGGUGCAUGGCGCAAUGGUCGUGCCACCUUCUACGGUGACAUGACGGGCGGCGAAACUAUGCAGGGAGCUUGCGGGUAUGGAAACCUAUACGAUCAAGGUUACGGGCUAGAGACGGCAGCGAUAAGUACAGCACUUUUCAACAACGGACUAACCUGUGGAGCAUGCUUCGAGUUAAUGUGUUUGCCCGGAGGACACUACUCGUGCCUACCAAACUCGGGAACAAUCAAAAUAACCGCCACAAACUUUUGCCCUCCAAACUACGCGAAAACAGAAGGCGUUUGGUGCAAUCCACCCCAAGAGCACUUCGACCUUUCUCUCUACAUAUUUUCUAAAAUCGCCCCUUAUCGUGCUGGUGUCAUCAAUGUUAGCUAUCGUAGGGUACUCUGCCAGAAAAAGGGCGGCGUCCGGUUCCAAUUAAAUGGGAACCCAUAUUGGCUAAUCGUCCUACCCUUCAAUGUUGGAGGUGCUGGUGAUGUUGUUGGUGUUAACAUUAAAGGCUCUUCUACUGGGUGGCUUAAGAUGUCGAAGAAUUGGGGCCAAAAUUGGAAGAUUGGUACCGUUUUGGUGGGCCAGAGCCUGUCCUUUCAAGUCACUACGAGCGAUUGGAAUACCAUUCAAUUUGAUAAUGUUGUGCCUAGCUCUUGGCGGUUCGGGCAAACCUUUGAAGGGAAGCAUAAUUUCUAG